CUCCGGUUUGUCCCAUAGCCUAUCUGUCGUCCCUCCCACUCUGAGCAGAUCAGGCGACGUUGAUUUGACUCUGGUUGCUUCCUGGAAGAUUUUGAACUUGAUAUAAAGAUAUUUCAUUUACAGCAGCAAGCCACACAACUCCGGAAUACAUCAUGUUCACCGUCAAGAGCGUGUCUGUCGUUUACAAUCCUAUUAACGAGAAUAACACGUUCACCAACGGAGACUUUAUAUCGGGACAAGUCAUUCUCGAUGUUGCGAAAGAUACACAAAUGCAGUCUUUAAGUAUCAAAAUCAAAGGGAAAGCGGACGUCUUCUGGACCGAACAGUACCACAAAACCACAGUUGUUUACAAAGACAAAGAAAAGUUUUACUCAAUGGAGAGUUUUUUUGUUAACGAGGACAAAAAACACGAGCAAGAGUUGCUGAAAGAUCCUUCCGGACAGCCUUAUUGCUCCGUUGUGGGGCUAGGACUUCAUGUUUACCCAUUCAUGUUUCAGCUGCCCCAACAGAACUUUCCUCCAUCUUUCAAGGGUUCAGCAGGAAAAAUUGCGUACACUUUGGAGGCAAAACUGUCUAGGUCAUUGCGUGUUUCUAGCAAAGGCAAAGCUGAGUUCCACUAUGUUCCCAGACCUGAACCGUCUAAUCCUGAACUAAUGGAACCUCAGUAUGGAACCAAAGAUAAAAAAAUGAAGUUCUUCACAUCUGGCAGUGUCUCUAUGAACAUAAGCACUGACAAAAUUGGAUACUCUCUUGAUGAGGAGUUGAAAGUUUUGGCUGAAAUUGAGAACAGUUCAUCCCGUGCCAUCAAGCCAAAAUACUGCCUGUAUGAAAAGCACAGUUUUAUCGCAAAAGGCAAAAGAAAACUACACAAAAAUAACGUUAUUAAGGAGGAAGGGGAACCUAUUCAGCCGAAAACAAGCAACAAUAUCACUAAAGUGCUCACCAUCCCCCCUUGCCUUACCAUCUCGACCCUAAACUGUAAAGUUAUAAAGGUUGAGUACAGACUCAGAGUCUACCUGGAUGUGCCGUACGCCUCGGAUCCAGAGAUCGUAUUGCCAAUAGUGUUGCUUCUUCCUCAGACUACCUCUGAAGCUAAGGGUCCCUCUAAAAGUGACUUUGGAAUUUGGAACCAACAAGCAGGAGACAGUGCAUACCCCAAUACACCUCCAUUUGCCCCACUUGCAUCUCCAUCUGCCCCACUUGGACCUCCUGGUCAGUUUGGUGCCACUGGACCUCCUGAUCAGUUUUCUCCUCCUAGUUACCCUGGACCUCCAGCUCAACAAUGUCCUUCAAAUCCUCAACAUCCUGAUUCAUCAGCUCCACCUCCUUAUGAUGGCUAUCAGUUAUAUCCACAGCUGCCCGAUGACACUAAAAAAGCUUAACUUUUUAAAGUGAUUUUGCACUAACCUUUGUGCUUUAUUUAUUUUUUACUUACACUAUAAUCUGAGCCAUUUGUUUAUCUGUGUAGAUUUGUUAAAAUGAUUCAUUUUUAGGCUGUUGUUUUAAAAAGUUAGAUUUUAAUUAGCAAAAAAAAACCUGAUUUAAGUUCCUUCAUUCAGGUAAAUUCAUAUAAUGUAAUAUUUAUUUAUAAUAUGAAUAUAUUUAAUAAAUAUAAUGAUUGAAAUAAAUUGUAGGGUUCUUUCUUUGUAAAAGCUAAAAGUGAAAAUCUUUUAAAAAAAGUUAACAGUUGAUCGUUUAGAUACUGACUCUACGCUGCAAAAUGAAUUUAUUAAUAUAAGUAUAUUGGAGGUAUUAUGAUUUUAGCUUACUAAGAUUAACUUGUAGUGUGACCCUAGAAACCUUUUUUUAACAUUAUCAAUGCUGUACUUAACUCUGUUUUACAUAUGCACCCAACAGAUUCUGUGCAAUGUGUGAACGGUUUUGCCAUUUUUUUUUAUAGAUGGGCCUCAUUUAUAAAGGGUGUGCCUCAUAA